AUGCUUAAGUCAGAAGAUUCUCUCAAGGAGGCUGGUAUUGUGGUUGAGAUCGCACCUUUGGUCUCCACAGAAUGUCCUUUUCCCUCUGCCCACAAGCGAUUGGUUCGGCGCAUGGAUUUAAGAAUAAUGCCCAUCCUGUCAGCAAUGUAUUUCUUCUCCGCUUUGGACAGAUCCAAUAUCGGAAACGCCAAAGUUGCCGGUAUGAAUACCGAUAUUGGAAUCUCUGAUUCACAAUAUUCGACAGCGGUAUCUAUAGUCUAUGCUACCUAUUUGCCAUUUAUGCUUCCUGGUGUUCUGCUGAUGAUGCGGUACUUCAACAAUAAGAAACGCCAGUACCUUGGGUGCAUGGUUGGAUUAUGGUCACUAGUCUCUAUAUUCACAAUGUUUGCUAACAGUUACGGAUCACUCAUAGCAUGCCGGCUAUUGCUUGGACUUUUUGAAGCCUCGUUCUUCACUUCCAUUUCUCUCAUCAUUUCAGACUUUUACUUCCAGUCUGAACUUUCUCAACGUGUGUCAUAUUUAUUUGCAGCAUCUGCUUUCUCCAGUGCCUUUGGAGGUCUAAUUGGCACUGGAAUUACAAAGAUCAACUCAGGCUUGGCUCCAUGGAGAUAUAUCUACCUGAUCGAGGGACUCCUGUCUUUUGCAGGAAGUUUUUGGAUGAUGUUUGGAAUGCCAAACACACCAGAACAGGUCGCACAUGGAGAAGAAGAAAUGAAAGUACUAGAGUGGCGGAGCGAACAGCGGCGGCUAUUCAUGAUGAAGGAUGGUGACAAAAAAUCUGAGGCGCUUGCAGCUUUUCGUGAUCCGAAGGUUUAUCUAUCCACGAUUAUUCAAUUUUGUCAAGAUAUCCUUAUGUAUGGGUUUUCGACAUUCUUACCAUCGAUAUUGAAGAGUGAUCUUGGCUACACCUCAUUGCAGGCACAAUAUUUGACAGUCCCCUGCUACAUGUUCUCCGGUAUUGUGUUCAUCCUCGCGGCAAGAAUUUCGGACAAGACGAGAAUAAGGGGACCGCUGAUUAUAUUCCUGGAUUUGUUUGGGGCUGUAGGAUACGCUCUUAUCCUUGGCAACACCAGCAGCGGAGUCAAGUACUUUGCGUGCUAUCUUAUCUGCAUGAGCUUGUACGUGCCGGGCUUGAACGAAGCUUGGUUGGCGACAAAUCUGGCUCCAAGGUUUAAAAGGGCAGUGGGCCUCGGAAUCAAUCAGACUCUGGGAAAUAUUGCAGGCGUUGUGAGCGCGCAGGUCUACAGAAACCCUCCAAAAUAUGUCCUUGGUCACGCGUUCACUCUUGGUUGCAUUGGAAUGGGAAUCAUCUGCUCAGGGUUGAGCACGAUUUUGCUGGUUCGUCGCAACAAGGCCAAUAUAAGAGCAUGUGAGACAGGCAUUGAUACGCGUGGCCUGAAACGAGAUAUCGGCGAUGACUCUGUCGAGUUCAGGUUCGUUACAUAA